CCAGGUCAUGAUGGUUAGAGCCAUGUCACCAGAGCAAGGAGUGAGGAGGGCUCAGGAUAUCUGCUCUGAUUUUUCCAUGAUGUACACAGCAGCAGCUCCAUGUAACUGGAGAACCUGGAAGAGGAAUCAUGAGGUUGCCCAAGGGGAGGAAGUGAAAGCAGUACAGAGCCUGCCUGAGACACCAAGAGUGAACCUCAGGGAGAUUAAAAGCCAAAAGGAGAUCUUCCAUUUGCCCAUCCUAGCAAGACAGUGCCAGGACACGUGGUGCAGGCAUCCUGCAACCCAGCUGCUCUUGUGCUGACUGUGUCUUCCUGCAGUACAUUAACCACACACUGGGAACUGCGUCUUCUAGCUGUGCAGCUUCGCUGUUUCUCUGAUAUCCAUUCUGAAAUCCAACAUAGGCAGAGAAAACCCCGUGGAAGAAAAAGUCCUUGACAGACCAAUCUUUCUGAAUGCCUAGCAGCCUGCGGUUGCUGUUGAGGAGCAUUGACAUUUUGGAGUAGGUGAUCGCAGGGCAUUUCCUCAGCCAAGCCAAGAGGCUGACCUCAGGUAGUGCUGUCACAGCACUGCGAUGUGUGGUGGGGAGCAAGCUGCGUGGUGGGAGCGGGGAAUAUUGGGUCAGUAGCUGUCCCCAUCCUACACAGGACAUGGGGACAGGGCAUGGUCUGGACACGGGGCAUCACAGCCCCUUCCCUUUCUGCAUCACCUCCUGCUGGGUGCUAACCACGCAGUGGGCUCCAGGGCAUGGCAAACCCAGAGCACCUGGAGACAGAGGUGUGUUGGGGCUUGUCCUGAGAGUACAUUUUAGGGCAGCUUACUGCCACGCCGUUCCCCAUCCUUCCCAGGACAGUAAGUGAACUCCUUUCCAGCUGCAGCUCAGAGCAGCCUUUGCUACAGGGAGGCAAAGCAGAAGUAACUUGGGCGGCUGCUCCUUCCCGUGGCACCACUGGCCCCAUCCUGCUCAGGAAGCUGCUCGGAAGGAGCCUUGCAGCACUCAGGAGCCUGCUGCUGCUAUCUGCCUGCCCCGAGCGCAGUGAUCAGGGCGGGAGGCGCUCACUAAACUCAACUUCAGCAGGACAGGGCUGCGAAUGUGCAAACAGCAACUGGGAGGCACCUGCGGUCACCGUGGCUGCACGGGGCUGGAGGCAGGGGAGGAUCAGGCGCAGGAGAGCUGAGCACUUGCAGAGCUUUUGGCACCUACAGCUGGGACUUGGCAGCAGCUAGAGGAAGCAGCCACUGGGCAAGGAAGCGUUUCAGUCUGGAGCUGGCCGGCUGUUUGCCAUGAGGGUGGCUGUUCUCCUCCUGGGGCUGGCGCUGUUGGAGGCGGAAGGCAGGUGUUUCUUCAAUCGCGCUCAGGAGUACUGUGUGUGCUACAAGCUGUCCCAGGACAAUGCAGGGAGCAUCAUCCAGUGCCUCGCGGCCUCUGUUGUGGAGUUUCAGGGAGGAGAGCUGGAGAGAUAUGUUGACUUGCCCAUCAGAGACCUGGAUCCCUCCACCAUUGACAUGCUUGGCACACUUGAAGUCAGGAAAAUCAUUUUUGGUGACCUCCUGGUGCCUGAGGUCCUCCUCGCCCGUGUCUUAAGGUUCUUCUCCUACACCCGGGUGCAGGAGAUGGCAUUUGAGAGCUGCAGUUUUCUGGGGAGGAGCAGCUGGGAUGAAAUGGCUGGCCAGAACUUGCCCAUAUUGUCCCUCCAUUUCCACAACGUGACAUCUGCCCCGCUGACGGGCCGCGAGCAGGACUUCUCUAAACUGAGCAGCUGGCUGGGGACCCUGCAGGAGCUGUCUGUCACCAGCUCCCACGUCACCAGCCUGCCCUGUGGCAUCGGAAGGGUGUUCAGAGCUCUGCGCUCCUUGGACAUGGCACAAAACAGCCUUGGGGAUGGGAGUUUGAUGCCUGCCUUCUGCGAGGGGGCCUUCCCACAGCUCCAGGUCCUGAGUCUGCAAGAAAACAACCUGACAUCCUACCACGGUGUGUGCAAAAGCGUGCAGCUGCUGCACGAGCUCCAGCACUUAGAUCUCAGCCAGAACAAGCUCGUGGCCAGCCCAUCCUCCUCUUGCCAGUGGCCGGCGUCCCUCCGAAUUUUUAACUUGUCCAACGCUGGCUUGGACAAAGUCCUCACACCUCUGCCUCCUGGUCUAGAAGUGUUGGACUUGAGCUCCAACCACCUCCAUGCUGUAGACGUCUCCCUCCAUUCCCUGAAGACUCUCCUCCUGAGCCAAAACCUGCUGCUGGCCGCCCCCUCCAUCAGGAAUUACCCCACAUUGCACUCCCUCCACCUCGACAACAACUUGAUUACGGAGUGGCCAUGGGACGAGGUGAAGCUCUUGGAGAACCUGCAGGACGUGUCUGCGGCUGGGAACCCCUACAACUGCACCUGCGCCGGGGCUGGGGCCCUCCAGGCGCUGGCAGCCACGGGCUGCCUCAGGCAGGGCUGGCCCCAGGACUACGCGUGCCACUCGCCCCCCCAGUACCAGGGCACGCUGGUGAGGGACGUGCCUGCCUCGGUGCUGCAGUGCAACAGAGCAGCGGUGCUUGCUCCCGUCUGCACGGCCCUCGCCCUGCUCUGCGUGGCCGGGGCUGGCUGGCUGGCCAUGGCACGGAGGAGACGCGCGGCCGUUCCCACCGCUGCUCAGCCCCAGGGGCACGGCCAGGAGCUCGGUGAGAAGGCUCGCAGGAGCCCGAUGUGCUCGUGAGGGGCUCUCUUGCUCUUUCCCCAUCCAGGCUCCCUGUGGAACAGGACUGUCCCACAGUGGCGGUGGCUUUUCCCAUCUGAGUCUUGGAAACCCUCGAGGAUGGGGAGACCCCCCCCUUGCUGUGCUCUGUCCCUGGAAAGAUUUUCCUUACAUCCAACCUCAACCUCCCCAGUCUCAGAUUAUACCCAUUGCCUCUCUGGUAUUGUCAGCGCUGAUCAAGAGGAGUUUGGGUCCAUCAUGUUUGCAGGCUGUCCUCUUCCUCUCCUGUUCUGGGGGUUACAGCUGUAAGGAUGCCUGGUUUGCAAGGAUGUCUGCUUCACUGCUAUUCAGCACCGGAGAAAAAAAACACACAAAGGACAGGGAAAAAAACAAGCAAGCAAACAAACAAAAAAAACAACAAAUUAAACAUCUCUACACACAAACCCUAAUGAGCAGGAGAUGACAAAGACAGCAGCAAAGACCUCUCAAAGUGCUCUUAGGGCGCUGGUGGAUGAACUCCUCACGUGUGACCUCAAAGAGGUUCAGCCAGAACCUUUGUAACCAAUAAGGAAAUUGGUUUAUUCUGGGUUAUCAGAAAACACCUCACAGGAAAGAGCAAACUGACUAUGGGAUGCUGAGGGAAACUGGGGGACUGCAGAAAAAAAAAAAAAAGAAAAAAAAAAGAAAAAAAAAGAGUGCAUGGGGAGGGGGCCAUGGUGGGCAGCUGCGGCAAGAACGAGCAUGGGGGAUUGGGGAGGAUGGGGAAGGAAGGGAUUGGCUGUGGGUAAGCACUGCUUAUCCCCCAAAUCUGUCCUGCCUUCUCAUUAAAAUCUGUUCC